AUUUUUUUACCGUUAGAUUUACCAAUCACACGAAUCUCGAUGCAAUCACGCUGGCUUAUACCCACUUCGAUAGGAUGCGCUCGACCUCACUGUAUUGUUCCCUGGAAAUACUUUUAUGCACUUUAGCCCGGUACCUUACAAGCUACUCGCAUUGUUAUUGAAAUCUUAUGAACGGGGCCAUUCUGGGUGGGCCAUUGAUGCGCUGGUAUCUGCGCGGGUAACAAUUUUGCAUUCAUGGGAAUCGCUACAGAUAUGCCUCUCUUGUCCUCGUCUGCCUCUCCUUUCUCCGUUUCCAUUUACCUCUUUAUCUGUUGGUCGGAGAGGGGACCGCGAGAUCCGCUUCUUCUCCAUCGCCACCGCGAGAUCCGCUUCUUCUCCAUCGCCGCCGCCGCCUCUCUCCUCUCUCCUCUCUCACGGGGUUUCGUCGUUGCCUUCUAAUCUGAGAUAAGAGUUUUUGGUCCUUCCGCAGCUACUCAAGUGCUCGGCCUAUUGUCAGAGCUGGAAUGGAGGGCAUAAAUGUUCCAGAGCAUGCUUCUGAUGAUUCUUGGUGUGAUGAUGGGCUUCUGAAUGAAAUCUCAGAUGCUGACUUAAACAGAGAACAGAAGAGGCGUUAUGAUCAAUUUUAUACAAAGGGUUAUCGAGAUGGUAUAUCUGCAGGAAAGGAAGCUUCUGCCCAAGAGGGCUUCAACAUUGGGUUUAAGCAAUCUGCAAGCAGUGGUUACAAAUGGGGAAUUGUUAGAGGCAUCACAAGUGCAUUUGUAAACCUCCCAGAUCAAUUCAAAGAAAAGUUAGUUAAGAAGCUUGAAGACAGAUGCACGUUUCAAAGUCUUUACAAGCCCGUUCAAGAGAUUUCCACGGACGAUGCUCUGAGAAUGUAUCACUUUCAACUACAACAAGAAAAUAAACAAUCUCAUCAAAGAUCAAAAGCGACAGUAUCAUCGGCAAUCGAAGAUUUUGACUGCAAUAAGUUAGACUUCUUUUUCAAGGAGCUUAUGUUACUUGUAAGUGAGUCUUCUGAAAUCAAAGCAAGUGUUGAUGUUGUAAAAGGAGAGGAAGAAGAAUGACCUUGAUGUUGAAGUACUUGGAGGGAUCGUUCAAAUUCACUUACGUCUGAAUUUUCUGGACAGAUUGUAAUUUUUUGAUGGCCUCAGAUUGCAAUGAAAAGAACUGAACCAUUGCUCCAUUGCAGCAUAAUAUA